GCUCCAUUUCUGUUCUGCUCCGCAACUCUUAAUUUUUCCAUCUUGCAUGGCAAACUAGGCAAUUACCAGAGCGGUUUGGACUCUCUGAACAAAACUACUGCAGAUUAAUCUGUUUCUACGCUGUUGGUCAUCACUUAUAGCUCACCUCGUUUGCCACAUUUAUUUAGAUAGAAACGUAAGUAGAAAGCUCGAAAGUCUCGGAACCUGAGCAAUUGCAUAGUGUGCGUGUGUGUGUGUGUUGAGAAAAUAGCGCAAUUGGGUUGUUAGGGAAGUUACCUUUGACAAAGGUCGUCUUCAGAGCUGAGAUGAAGAAGUGGUGGUCGAAUGGUUAGUUCCAACUACGAUCUUUGUUGUAAGAGUUAGAUUAUGGGUGAUGAUUAUCAUUGACUCGACUUCUCUUGGAUUAGGGUGCACAAAUACUCUGACAUUUGCGUGCUUCUCAUGCAUGAACCUCGUGCAUUGUUCUCGAAUUUUUUCAUUUAUAAGCACUUGAGUUUUUUCUUAUUCUGGUUUAUCGUAAAAAGGAAAAAUAUAGGGCUUGUUUUGACCUUGAAGUUUGAACACAUGGAAAUAGUUGUGAAUCACGGUUCCAAGCUGCAAUAUCAAUAGCUAAUUUAGAGAGUUUUCAGAUGGAUAAAAUUCAGCGUCUUAGAUUGGCAUUGAGCAAUAUACAAGAAAUGAUGUAUAUAAAGGUUGAAAAACCACUGAAGAAUAGUAAAACAUCUCAGACAAAUAUACAGAACAAGAUUGUGUCAUAAAAUUAUAUUUUUUAUAUUUAAUCUGARGUUUGCUCAGUAACUAUUGAUAUAAAGGUUGAGAAACUUCCAAAGAAUAGUAAAACAUCUUCAAUGUUAUUUUAAGGUUUAAGUUGACAAUGGAAAAGAAUUAGAUUUUGGGACGAUGUCUGGACUAACUGUAUCCCCCUUCUAUCCAGGACACAAACACAAUUUUAACAAAAUGGAAGUGGUGAUUUGUGAUUGUUGGAACAAAGAAAAUUGUGAUGGGGAUUUAGGCAUUAGGAGAACCUCUUUGAUAGAAAGAUUAAAAGUUGGAUCCAUCCCAGAGAUAAUAUUGAUGGAGUGAGUUUAACUUCCUCGGAAGAUGAGGUGAUUCAGCCUCUCGAAAAGUCAGGAAACUUCAUGGUUAAAACUUCAUUUUUAACCUCAUCUCAAUCUUGCCCUCGCUGAAGAUGCCUUUAUUCAGCCUUUUCAAGGAAGGUAAAAUAAAAAAAAAAGGUGAAAUUAUGCUUAUGGUUCAUUGCCUAUAGAAGCCUCAGUGCCCACAACAAAAAGAAAAUUCCUAGCUGGUUUAUAUCUCCUAAUGCUUGCUGUUUGUGUCUUCAAGAUACAAAAACUCUCGAUCAUCUGGUUCUUUAUGCUGAAAAUAUUUAAUUUAUCCACUGUUUUUCCAGAAAAAGUGGAUUCUCACCUUCCUGAUGGCUUAUUUGGAAACAUGUGAGCUAAAAUGACCUUACUUGAACAUUAUAUGUUCUAUAGGUUGUACAACUAUGUCCUUGAAUUCUAAGGGAGUGUGGGGUUAAAGCUUUUUAUGGAUCAUUUGKCUAGAAAGAAAACAGAUCKAAGAAAUAAUUUGAUUCUUUUUGUGAUUUUGUAUAGCAUACAAGGAGUGCCCUGUUAGGCCUCCAAUAGUUAACACUUAUGUAAGGAAGGGUAAGAAGGGAAUUGUACUAGGGAGAGGAGGGAAGGAAUAACCGUUUGGGAGUGUGGGGCCCAAGGAUCAUCGUGGGAAUGAGGGCCGAGUGGUUAUAAGUCAGUGAUAGGUGGGAGUAUUUUCUAUUCAGGCUUUGAUUAGUGAAUAGCUAGUAAGCUAGAAGGAGAGUUACCCACCCUCUCGAAUUGGUGAGGUGCUUCUGUUAAGCCUGUAGGCUUGUUUGCUUGAUUUUCAAUAAGAAAUUGUGAGGAGAUACCUCACAUGCCCCUCACAAGUUCUUUCGUAAUCACAGUAUUUAUUUGGUUACCUUGGAUCUUACAUGUAAUAGCUUUCUCACGCUGGGGGCUUUAUGCAUUCCYGACCAUUAGGUUGUAACUCUUUUGCUUGGCUUUAGGAUAUUCCCUGAUUCUUAUAAAAAAUAGGGAAAAACGGUGAUAUUAUGGUAUAUCAUGUUAAUACCCAAAUAAGAUGUAAUUCACAAGCCAAUUAUGUGAACAAAGUUACAAUUAACAUAGGAAAAUCACAAAUAUUUUAUCCAUGAGUCAACAAGAUAUUGGCUGAGUUGACUCGAGUUAGGCCAAAUCAAACCUGGUCAUUUAAUAUUUUGUUAUUUCUUGUACAGUAUAUAAUUGUCACAUCGUUGGCUACCAAGACAGAUACUGGUUGGGUUGAUUCCUUUUUAAAUUAUUGCAAAUGAGUGCUGUUGUUCACUGCAAGUAGUGGGUUCAACAAUUUAGUUUCAUUUACUUUAGACUCAGAAUUGAUUAUAUGCGUCCAAUUGUUUUGAUUAUCACGUUGAUAUGAGUAAUUGAAUCUAAAUCUGUGAAGUAUAUAGUAUGCACCCUUAUUUAGCCCUUUACUUAAAUUUUCAUUUUUUACUCUGAUAUAAUUUAUUUUUCCCAGUUAUAGAUAAAUCAUUUAUAUGAUCUAUUAUUUUGAAAAAGGUGACAAAAAUGUACUUGUGCUGAAAUUGUUUAGUAGUGGAAAUAGUAGAGAUGUUUUUUCUCAAUGAACUCAUUUUAUAACGUUUCAGGACAAUGAAAUUCAAUUUCUUUAUUUAUUCUUAAUGUUCCCAAUAGGAUAAAUGAUAUCUGGAACCAAUUCCAUUGAGUUCUACCAAUUGUAUGUAAUUGAAUUCCUCGGUGGAAUUAGUGUAAAAGUAAUACAUGAGGUAUAUAGUAAGAGUUUCACUUUCCGUUCCGGAAGUCUUGGUAAGAGUUUCACUUUCUUCUCUUAUUUGCCAAGAACAAGGGUGGACAUGACGGGCAGCAAAUGGAAACACUUUUACAUGGAACUUUGGCUAAAGUUUGUUCUUUCUGGCCGCAAGCUUGGAAGCAAUUGCCUCCCUUGUGAAGAACAAUUUAUUAACAAUAGAAACAUUGGUCAGAGAGAUGGGGAUGUACUUGACAAUUACCGAUAAUAUUAUUCGAGGGAGAGGUAUACUUCUUCUUGGAGAACUACUUACAUGUCUUGCAUCAAAGUCUCUAGACAGUGCAACAAUACACAGCUUAAUGGCAUUCUUCACAGAGAGACUGGCAGAUUGGAAAGCUUUAAGAGGUGCCCUUGUUGGUUGCUUGGCACUGAUGAGGAGAAAAACUAAUGUUGGUAGAGUUUCAAAGAAUGAUGCAAUGUCCCUUGCGCGAUCUUAUUUUCAAAACCUUCAAGUACAGUCCUUGGGACAGCAUGAUCGGAAGCUCAGUUAUGAACUUCUGGUGUGCCUGUUAGAACAUUAUCCUGAUGAAGUUGUUUCACUGGGUGAUGAUCUUGUGUAUGGAAUCUGUGAAGCCAUUGAUGGUGAAAAAGAUCCACAUUGCUUAAUGCUUACCUUUCGCAUCGUUGAGCUUGUGGCAAAGCUAUUCCCCGAUCCAACUGGAACGCUUGAAAUCUGUUCUAAUGAUCUUUUUGAAUUCCUGGGUUGCUACUUCCCAAUCCAUUUUACACAUGGAAGAGAGGAGGAUGUAGAUGUAAGAAGGAGUGAUCUUUCGCAGGCACUUAUGAUGGCCUUCUCAUCUACCCCGCUUUUUGAGCCAUAUGCAAUUCCUUUGCUUCUCGAGAAACUUUCAUCUUCGCUGCCGCAAGCAAAGAUUGAUUCUUUGAAGUAUCUGAGUGAUUGCACAGUUAAAUAUGGGGCAGAUAGAAUGGAAAAGCAUCAUGAAGCUAUCUGGUCUUCAUUAAAGGAGAUCAUAUUUACUUCAAUAGGACAGCCUUCUCUGUCCAUUAACUCAGACGCAUUAAAUAGUCCUCGGGACGAAAUUACAACAGAAGCUCUAGGACUCCUGCAAAAGAUACUUGUGGAGAGUAAUGGACUUUUUUUAGGAUUAAUUAUCAAUGAUGAAGAUAUAAAAGAUAUUUUCAACAUCCUAAAUAUUUAUACAUGUUACAACGAGUUCCCUCAGCAAAGCAGGCAGAGACUAAAUGCAGUUGGAUGUAUUCUUUACAAUUUAGCGAAUGCAUCUGUUGCUUCCUGCAAUGAAGUGUUUGAAAGUUUCUUCCCUCGUUUGCUGGAUAUUGUGGGGAUUUCAGCAAAUCAGGUUCGUAGUAAUGAAAUUUCUCCCUCGGGGAAUUUCAACUUUGGAGCCCUAUACCUCUGUAUUGAACUCCUUGCAGCUUGCAGAGGUUUGAUUGUGAGCUGUGAUGAACAUACAUUCUCUGUUAAAGAGAAGUCAUUCAGCAUGCUUCAAACCUUUUCAUGUUCAAUGGUUCAGGUCCUCACUUCAACCUUUCCAGGAAUUAUUGAGAAAGAUCUGCAUGAUGCUGAAUUCUACUGUGCAGUGAAGGGCUUGCAGAAUCUGGCCACAUUCCCUGUAGACUCUUCACCAGUAUCUGGAAUUGUAUUCAAGGAUAUUUUGUUGGCACUCAUGUCAUUUAUAACGGUGGACUUCAAAUUUGCAUCAUUGUGGAAACAUGCCUUGAAGGCAUUGCAGCAUAUUGGUUCAUUUGUUGACAAAUAUGAUGGGUCUGUGGAAUCACAAAGUUACAUGCAUGUUGUUGUUGAAAAUAUUGCAUCGAUGUUCUCUCUUCAUGAUGAGGCCAUGCCAUUGAUGCUUAAACUUGAACUGGCAUCAGACAUUGGUAGAACUGGGCGAAGUUAUAUGCUGACAAUUGUUCAGGGGAUUGCAGAGGCAAUAUUUUUCCAUUUACCUGAGGUUUAUGUCCAUGGGAGUUCAAAGUCGGUUGAGAUUUUACUGUCCCUGCUGGAUUGCUACUCAACUAAAAUUCUUCCAUGGCUUGAUGAAGCUGGAGAUUUUGAGGAAGUCAUCAUGCGACUUGCUCUAAACAUUUGGGAUCAGAUUGAGAAGUGUUUAGUUUUUAGUGCCUCGAUGCCAAAUAAAGUGAUUCUUGAUGCUACCAUGAUGGCAUUAAAACUCUCUGUUCGAAGUUGCUCAAAGGAGAGCCAGAACAAUAUAAUCCAGAAAGCAUACAAUGUAUUAUUAACAAGCAAUUUUUCUCCAUUUAAAGUAGCAUCCUCUACUGCUAUACCAGUCCAGAUGGAGGGCUUACAACUUCUGCAGCAGAAAGAUAGUCCUAUUUGUAGAGAUGAAUGGAUUCUUUCAUUAUUUGCAUCAGUCAUUAUAGCACUUUGUCCACAAACACAUGUUCCAAAUGUGAGAUCAGUAAUGCAUUUGCUUAUGUCAUCCAUCACCAAGGGCUGUAUUCCAGCCGCUCAGGCACUUGGUUCUAUGAUCAAUAAACUGAGUCUGAAGUCUGACGAAGUAGAAGUCUCAAGUUAUGUUUCUUUGGAAGAGGCUAUUGACAUUAUUUUCAAAACAAAAUUUAGAUAUUUAAAUGGUGAAAGUACUCGUGAUGGUAGUGAAAUGUUUCUCACUGAUUUAUGCUCUAGCACUGGAAACAGCUGUUUGCCUCAAGUUCAUGCUGUAGUUGGAUUAUCAUGGAUUGGAAAAGGUUUGCUUCUUUGUGGUCAUGAAAAGGUUCGAGAUAUAACUAUGGUUUUCUUGGAGUGCUUAUUAUCAAAAGGCAGAACAGAUGCCUCACCCUUGCAGCAGGUUAUGUUGGAAAAAGAUUGCGAGACAAAUUUAGAUUUCGCAGUAAUGAAAGGUGCAGCAGAUGCAUUUCACAUUCUUAUGAACGAUUCUGAAGUUUGUUUGAACCGUAAAUUCCAUGCAAUAGUACGACCACUUUAUAAGCAGCGUUUUUCCUCUACCAUGAUGCCUAUUUUCCAGUCUUUAUUGAGCAAAUCAGAUUCAUCACUUUCUAGAUGUAUGUUGUAUAAGGCGUUUGCRCAUGUUACAUCUGAUACUCCACUCACUGCUAUAUUGAGUGAUGCCAAGAAGCUUAUUCCCAUGCUGCUGGCUGGCUUGUUAACAUUAAGCGUGGAUAUUGCAAAUAAGGAUGUGGUUUAUGGCCUUCUCCUUGUUUUAUCUGGGAUACUGAUGGACAAAAAUGGACAAGAAGCUGUCGCAGAGAAUGCACAUUCAAUCGCUGUUUCCCUUGCUAGGCUUACUGCCUUUCCUCAUAUGAUGCUUGUUCGAGAAACCGCAAUUCAGUGCCUUGUUGCCAUGUUGGAGCUGCCCCAUGCAAGGAUAUAUCCAGUGAGAAAACAGGUACUAAAUGCAAUAUCAAAAACUCUUGAUGAUCCAAAGAGAAGUGUUCGUCAGGAAGCUGUCAGAUGUCGACAAGCAUGGGCAUCAAUCGCAUGAAGAAGUCUUCAUUUCUGAUGGUCCUUUGCAAGCAAAAUUUUCAGUUGUCACACAGCUGGUGCGUGCUCUGUAAUACAUACCUGUGAAACUUGGCCAAGUUGGCAGCCGAGCAUUUGAAGUUGCCAAUCUAGAGUGUAUAUUUCCUGCUAUUACAUAUAAUCAAUGUACAAGUGCUAGUUGAGUUGAGUUUUCUCUUUUUUAAAUAAGAGCUAGUCUAUUUUUUUC